AUGAAAAUGCUUUUUUUUAAAUCUUUACACCUUAUUUCCCAUUUUCCCAUUGUUCCAGAUUCACCCGCAGUCGGCAAGCAUCUCAGCGGUUCUUGCUCCAGUAUAAAUGUUGCCGACACACAUUCUAACCGUGACAGAAUCCUUUCAUCUGCCAAAUGUGUCGUGGCUCACUCAUCUUCAACCUAUUCUCCGCCCCCUCUUUCUCCCUCUCAUCUUUUCCGCCCUGUUUCUCCUCCUGAUACCUCUCAUGCCCCUCACUUUUACCCCACCUCACGAUUUAGGCCUCGGCCACGCCAACCCAUAUCACCCACAAUUUUAGCCACUUCUCUGGUCGGCCAAGUGGCUCUCGGAACUCGGCUUCCUUUCCGAUCACCUCGGAUACACACCAACUCUUCACCACCUCCUCGUGAAUGGCUAUUAGCCUAUCUGGAUGAACAGCCUGUUGACCACAAGCGGAGUGAUGAAAAUAUACCGCGAUUCCGAAAUUGUCCCAUUUCUACCCUACCGGACUCAGUCGAUCCCGCGCCAGGGAUUCAAGAAAAAUGCGGGCCAUGUUCCUCUUCCUCUUCUUCCUCCCCUUCGCCAUCAGCAUCAGCAUCCUCGUCGUCACCGUCUCGAGCUUCGACGCCAUCGUUUGAGGCGUCGGCUGAGCGCUUUUCUUCCCCCCACCGCCAACUCACAGCCUCCACCAUCCCUGAGUUCUCUUCAUCCAGCUCCAUUCCUCCGAAUGGGCCGACGCAAUCCUGUCCAACCUACCUGGCGGCUGCACACCAUUUGGAUGCUCUCCUCCGCCGACAGCCUCGCCAGCGCCAACAGUCUCGGUCGGCAGCAUCUUGGUUUGGUCAAGCAAAACCCAUCCCUCCAGCUUGCAACCACUUUCAGACUAAUAAUCAUCAGCAACGACGCCCAGCACCACGGAUCAAACAGCGCCAAGGACUGUCGACAAGGCCUGUGACGAUGUCGACUGGCUCUUCCUGCCGUUCAGAAACUAGUGCAAGUGUCCCACGGGAAGCUGUGGCGUCGGUUCCAAUUAGCUCCCUACGAAGGAUGACAGACGUCAGCUCACGCUUGUGUGGCGAUAUGACUUCGGUGAACUGGCUUUCGUGUUCUAGCUGGAAUACCGAGUUUUCGGCACCUACAGAAAGUCAACAUGAGGCAUGUAAAAUGAGAAGCAGUCGGGAUGGUCAAAUUCUUCAAGUCAGUUCCAAUCAGACUCAAUCAGACUCAUUAAAGCUGAACAUGACCGAGGAAAUAAAUGUACCAAAGGAGCGGACUAAGAGUGUAGACGACAACGAGGCAGAUAAUGGGGAGGAGGAUGCUGACGAUGAUGAAGAUGAAGAGGAGGCUGUGAUCUCUACUUCAGAAGCACAGGAGCCAAUUCUUAACUUCUGGGAUAACUACCAGGUUUGUUGGUAUUACCUCUUUAGCUUACCGGUAGUAUUGGUAUCCUUGAUCCGGUUCGUCUUUUGUGGUCGAAUGUGA